UGCUGGCCGCGGCUCCGGGAGCUCAGUCCGGCGCCUCUCCCUUACCGGCUCGCGCCUUCUCGCGCCUUCCGCUCCCCGCCGCGCGUGCGCACUCGCCUUCACCCCUCACCCCUCACCCCGCGCCCGCGAGCCUUGGGCUCGGACUCGGGUGGCAGCGAUCGGCUCACGCGGCCCACACCGCCCCGCAACCCCGGCCAGGCCGCCCCGCCUCCUCUCCCGGACCCGAGCCGCGGCGCGAGGACCAUGCUCUUCUAUUCCUUCUUCAAGUCGCUUGUGGGAAAGGAUGUGGUCGUGGAACUCAAGAAUGACCUGAGCAUAUGCGGGACCCUGCACUCUGUGGACCAGUAUCUCAAUAUCAAACUAACAGAUAUUAGUGUUACAGACCCAGAAAAAUAUCCUCAUAUGCUCUCUGUGAAGAACUGUUUUAUCCGGGGCUCUGUAGUCAGAUAUGUGCAGCUGCCAGCCGAUGAGGUUGACACCCAGCUACUACAGGAUGCGGCUCGGAAGGAGGCUAUGCAGCAGAAGCAGUAGUGACUGUCACAACUGCUUGUGUGACAUUUACACCAUUUACACCCCCACCCCAGUCCCUGAGCUCAGGAUCCUUUUUUUAAAGUGACAGUGUUAUUUUUUUUUUUGGAGGGGCAGGGGGAAUAACAGAAUGAUUGCUAAAAGUGCAGGGGAGAAGUUAUUCCCUGUAAUGACAGGAAGGAUGGGGAGGGGAGAGAGGGGAGGGUGUUGCACAAAGCAUUCAUCGUAUCUUCCCAAACUCCUCGUUUCUUUCUCCUUGCUGAAAAGGUGAAAAGUGGGUGGAGGGUAAUGGGACUGUCUCCCUGGAAUAGAAAUGUAUCUCAAAAUGGGGAGAAAAAAGAACCUGUCCCGCAUCGGGAAUAAAGUUUGAGCCUUGGA